AUUGAUCAAAUCCUCGAAACUAAGAAAUCUCCUUCAUCAGAGAUCAGGCUUUUCGUAGUGACGAACUAUUAACGCAACUCUCAUCGGAAUCUAGCCGGCGUACCGUAGAAGAUGAGUUUCCUGUUUGGCCGGAAGAAGUCGCCUGCAGAACUCCUGCGGGAGAACAAGAGGAUGUUGGAUAAAUCUAUUAGAGAAAUAGAAAGAGAGAGGCAGGGUUUACAAACACAAGAGAAGAGAGUAAUUGCGGAGAUUAAGAAAAGUGCUAAACAAGGGCAAAUGGGAGCUGUAAAAGUUAUGGCCAAGGACUUGAUCCGAACUCGACAUCAGAUAGAAAAGUUUUAUAAGCUUAAGUCUCAAUUGCAAGGAGUAUCUCUUAGAAUUCAGACAUUGAAGUCUACACAAACAAUGGGAGAGGCAAUGAAAGGGGUGACAAAGGCAAUGAGCCAGAUGAAUAGGCAAAUGAAUCUUCCAGCACUACAGAAAAUCAUGAUGGAAUUCGAGAAACAGAAUGAAAAGAUGGAAAUGGUAUCUGAGGUUAUGGGUGACGCCAUAGACGAUGCAAUGGAAGGAGACGAGGAAGAAGAAGAGACUGAGGAACUUGUAAGUCAAGUCCUUGAUGAGAUAGGAAUUGACAUCAAUUCAGAGCUAUUAAAUGCCCCAUCAUCAACUGUAACUGCCCCAGCUACAAAGAACAAGGUUGCACAAACUGAAACCACUGCAAAAGAUGACACUGGCAUUGACGGCGACUUACAAGCAAGGUUAGACAAUUUGAGAAGAACAUGAAAAUGAAUGAAUUUGUUAAUAGAACCUAAACUACUCCGAUUCCCCCAUAUGGGUUUGUAUUAUUAUUCAUAAAUUAUGGCAUUUUGAUGUUUAUAGAUUACUACUUAGUAUACCCAAAAAGAAUGUGUUUUUUUUUUUUUUUGUAUGUCUGUCUCUUCCAAAAUGCUUCUGCGUGGAGAAGAGAUGACUCUCCACGAGAAUAAUAAUAAUGGAAGAUUUGAAUGUAGUCAUCAUCCGACACAAACUUGGUACUUUAAACAGACCAAUUUGCUUUGAAGAUGA